GCAUCUAUCUAGAUAUAUUUUGGAAUCGAUAUUUCCAUCUGAUCUGAUUCACCAAUAUCGAAGAUUGAGUGCCAGCGCCAGUGCCAGAUUCAAAGAAAGACGACGAUUGGAGAUUUGACCCGUACAUUUCUAGUAGAUACCUACCUACUCACACAAUUAUCUAGAUAUUCAUCUGCUAUCUCAAUCAUCCACUGGCGGUCUUCAAACCUCAACAUACAACAACAACACAAUACCUACCACUCGCCAUGACCAAAAUCAUCCUCUCCAUAAACGCCGGAUCCUCCUCCGUCAAAAUCUCCAUCUUCUCCGCCUCGCAAGGCGACUCCUCCCCCACCCUCCUCGCCUCAUCUCAAAUCUCGGGCCUCACCUCUCCCCCCCCAACCUUCAAAUACUCACGCUCCGACACCUCCACAAUCCACGACCAAGCCCUCUCCAACCAGAUCUCCGACCAAAACGCCGCAUUCCAAUACAUCCUCACGCACCUCAUCAACGACGAAUCCUUCCCCCAGAUUUCCCAACUCUCCGACAUCGCCCUGGCCAGCCACCGCGUCGUGCACGGCGGCGAUUACAAAACCAGCCAACUCAUCACCCGCGAAACCUACCACCAUCUCGAAACGCUCACGGAUUUAGCGCCUCUGCACAACGCGUCCGCACUGGCCAUUAUCCAGCACUGCAUUACCCAUUUGCCAUCUACGCGCAACAUCGCCGUCUUUGAUUCGCAAUUCCACGCUUCGAUUCCAGAACAUAUCAGUACGUAUCCGAUUGAUCAGGAGAUUGCGAAGAAGAAUGGGUUGAGAAAAUAUGGAUUCCAUGGGAUUUCCUAUGCGUUUAUUACGAGGAGUGUAGCGGAGUUUUUGGGGAAGAAGGAAGAAGAGACGAAUAUUAUUGCGUUGCAUUUGGGGAGUGGAGCGAGCGCGUGCGUGGUGAAGAAUGGGAAGAGUUGGGAUACGAGCAUGGGAUUGACGCCGUUGGCAGGAUUGCCUGGGGCGACGAGGAGUGGGAGUUUGGAUCCUAGUCUCGUCUUCCACUACGCCACCAACGUCGGAAAACUCUCUCCCAACUCCACCUCCUCCCUACACAUCUCGCGCGCUGAAGAAAUCCUCAACAAAGAAUCCGGCUGGAAAUCCCUCACCGGCACCACCGAUUUCGGCACCAUUACUUCCUCCUCCUCCGAUCCCGCCAUGAAACUCGCUUUCGAUAUUUUCGUCGAUCGGAUCCUCUCAUACAUCGGACACUAUUAUGUUUCUCUCCAUGGGAAUGUCGAUGCGUUAGUUUUUGCAGGGGGAAUUGGCGAGAAGAGCGAGAUUUUGAGACGGAGGGUGGGAGAGGAGAUCAGGUGUUUGGGAUUUGAGGUUGAUGAGGAGAGGAAUGCGAGGGAGAUUGAGGGGACGGUGCAGGAAAUUGGGAAGGAGGGGGCAAAGCAUCGCAUGUUGGUUUGUAAGACGGAUGAACAGUUUGAGAUGGCGAGACAUUGUGUGGUUGAUGAGGGACUUUUUGGGGAAUGAGGUGCGAUGCGAUUAGAGGAGUGGAGAUGAGAGGGGUGGAAUGGUUGUGCGCCGCGAACAUUGGAAAGUGGAUUGUGAAGUGAUGAAGGUAUACAAUAUCCAACAGAGAAGAAUGAAUGAAUGAAUGAAUGUAUCAAUCAAAGAAAGGAAAGCAAGAAAUGUAGAUAGCA